AUGCUGUUUGCCGACUUGCCUGAAGAGCUGCUGUUGUAUAUCUUUGCCACCUACUUUGAUCGAGACUCGCACACCUUACUUCUUAUCGCAACCCUCAACAAGAGAUUCCAUCGCAUAAUAACCCCGAUCUUGUACUCGCAUGUUACGUUGGGCCUAGACGAUGCGGACGAGUCGCGCAAGGUGCGACGGUUCAUCAUGUCCGUGUUCUCCAGACCCUACCUCGCCCAGUGUGUACGGUCGCUUGAACUCAACGAAAUAUCGUGGGUUUCGCAUCAAUCUUUAGCACGCCGCCGCAAGGAGCUAGUUGCGCGAAUGGUGACGGGCAAUGUCCUUGGCCGUCCGGACAGACUGGACACGUUCAAGCUUGUGACUGUGGUGCGGCGACUUCCGAUGCUAGAUAAGAACAAGCUCAAGUGGUGCACGGAGCUGCAGGAGGUCUCGCCGAGCCUGGAUUCCCUUAUUGCCCUUGUCUUCGUGUUUCUCCCCUCGCUGCAAAAGCUGGAGUCCAAUUGGUCUCUGGACCCGGUAUUUAUCUGGCACCUCUUGCCUAAAGCUGAUAUGAAAAAGGUAGAUUCGACGCCCUCGCCCCUUAUUCUUAGGAAUUUGACCCAUCUGAAAGUCAACUCCGAAUCCCCAUGUGGCAACUCCUCUGAAAUACUCCCCCUUUUUCAGAUGCCUGCGCUGACCCACUUCUUCGCCAGCAACUGGGGGCCCAUCAGGCGAGAUGGCCGGGAUGACGGAGUUGAGAUUCAGACUGAGGAUUCAGAUGGCGGCAAAGAGACAACCGCGUCAGCGAUCACGCACCUUGAACUCCGCCACUGCAAUAUUGAUCUUUACAGCUUGGAAACGAUCCUUAAACACUGCAGGUCGGUAAGGACGUUCAUCUUCCAUCGUGACUGGGACCCUCGAAUUCACGUGAGGCUUUCUGGACUUUCCAUCACCAGGGCACUCCGCCCGCACUUGGAAACACUGGAAAACAUUAUGCUUUCCUUCGAGCCUGGAAUUUAUAUCCACCAGGAAGGGGAGAUACAUCCGUUGGACUUUUCUCAAUUCCCUGUACUCACGAACCUUUACAUUGCUGCUGGGUAUCUCAUACACGAUCCAGAGGAUUUUGACUAUGACGAAUUUUCAAAAACCUCCGAUCUGGAGAACCAAGAAGAACCAGGAAUCAAUAACCACCUUGAUGAUCGGCUGCCGGCGUCGCUCGAAGUAUUACGCAUUACAGGAUUUAGCACACCAGAACAGACGCAAUUUCUAAUUGAUAACUGUUGCCAAAUGCUUCAACGUCGUUCUCGGAUCCCACGACUGCGAGAGCUUUCUAUCGAGGCUCCAUUCGACGAUCCCGAUGUUAAUUUUGACACGAUUAAUUUACAACAGGAAGCACGCCGUGCGGACGUACGGUUCCGCAAGAUCAACACCAUGGACUAUUCUAACGAUGAAUAUGAGAUGCUCCCCCUACCAGGAUGUGAUUGGGGCAUGAAUGGCGAGUUUAAGUGGAGCGCGAAGCUUGUUUGA